UACUUUACAAACAAAAGAUCUUAUGCGGAAAACACACUUGCAUCACAUUUUACUCCCGGUACAAGCUCUUCCUCUGCGCAAGAUAGUAAUUAUCCUCAAAUACUAAAAACUCCAUUAUCUGCUGGAAAUCCCCAGAGACCAGGUUAUAAAAGUUGGACACUGCAAAUGGGACAUUCAGCUACAUCCUCAUCUGCAGUUUCUGCACACUCUCCAUCAGUUAUUGUAGCUGUUGUAGAAGGGAGAGGACUUGCCAGAGGUGAAAUAGGAAUGGCAAGUAUUGAUUUAAAAAGCCCACAAAUUAUAUUAUCUCAGUUUGCAGACAACACAACAUAUGCAAAGGUGAUCACUAAACUCAAAAUUUUAUCACCUUUGGAAAUAAUAAUGUCAAAUACUGCUUGUGUUGUGGGGAACUCAACCAAGUUGUUUACUCUCAUCACAGAAAAUUUCAAGAAUGUUAAUUUCACUACUGUCCAAAGGAAAUACUUCAAUGAAACAAAAGGACUAGAGUACAUUGAACAAUUAUGCAUAACAGAAUUCAACACUGUCCUAAUGGAGGUUCAAUCCAAGUAUUACUGCCUUGCAGCUGUUGCAGCUUUAUUAAAAUAUGUUGAAUUUAUUCAAAAUUCAGUUUAUGCACCAAAAUCACUGAAGAUUUGUUUCCAGGGUAGUGAACAGACAGCUAUGAUAGAUUCAUCAUCAACCCAAAACCUUGAAUUACUAAUUAAUAAUCAAGACUCUAGGAACAAUCACACACUCUUUGGUGUUCUAAAUUACACUAAGACUCCUGGAGGAAGUAGAAGACUUCGUUCUAAUAUAUUAGAACCUCUAAUUGAUGUUGAAACCAUUAACAUGAGGUUAGAUUGUGUUCAAGAACUGCUUCAAGAUGAGGAGCUCUUUUUUGGACUUCAGUCAGUUAUAGCAAGAUUUCUUGAUACAGAGCAGCUUCUUUCUGUUUUAGUCCAAAUUCCAAAGCAAGACACGGUUAAUGCAGCUGAAUCAAAGAUAACAAAUUUAAUAUACCUAAAACAUACCUUGGAACUCGUGGAUCCUUUAAAGAUUACUCUGAAGAACUGUAACACACCUUUAUUAAGAGCUUACUAUGGUUCCUUGGAAGAUAAGAGGUUUGUAAUCAUACUUGACAAGAUUAAAACAGUAAUUAAUGAUGAUGCAAGAUACAUGAAAGGAUGCCUGAACAUGAGGACUCAGAAGUGCUAUGCAGUGAGGUCUAACAUAAAUGAAUUUCUUGACAUAGCCAGAAGAACAUAUACAGAGAUUGUAGAUGACAUAGCAGGAAUGAUAUCGCAGCUUGCAGAAAAAUAUAGUCUUCCUUUAAGGACAAGUUUUAGCUCCGUUCGAGGAUUUUUCAUUCAGAUGACUACAGAUUGUACAACCCUACCCAAUGAUCAGCUUCCUUCAGAGUUUAUUAAGAUUUCUAAAGUGAAAAAUUCUUACAGCUUUACAUCAGCAGAUUUAAUUAAAAUGAAUGAAAGAUGCCAAGAGUCUUUGAGAGAAAUCUAUCACAUGACUUACAUGAUAGUGUGCAAACUGCUUAGUGAGAUUUAUGAACAUAUUCAUUGCUUACAUAAACUGUCUGACACUGUGUCAAUGCUGGAUAUGCUACUGUCAUUUGCUCAUGCCUGCACUCUUUCUGACUAUGUUCGGCCAGAGUUUACUGAUACUUUAGCAAUCAAACAUGGAUGGCACCCCAUUCUUGAAAAAAUAUCUGUGGAAAAACCUGUUGCCAACAAUACCUAUAUUACAGAAGGGAGUAAUUUUUUUAUCAUAACUGGACCAAAUAUGAGUGGGAAAUCCACAUAUUUGAAACAGAUUGCUCUUUGUCAGAUUAUGGCCCAGAUUGGAUCAUAUGUUCCAGCAGAAUAUGCUUCCUUUAGAAUUGCUGAACAGAUUUUUACAAGAAUAAGUACUGAUGAUGAUAUUGAAACAAAUUCAUCAACAUUUAUGAAGGAAAUGAAAGAGGCAUUUACACUGUUUGCUACACAUUUCCUGGAACUAUGCCAUAUAGAUGUUCUAUAUCCUAAUGUAGAAAACGUGCAUUUUGAAGUUCAACAUGUAAAGAACACCUCAAGAAAUAAAGAAGCAAUCUUAUAUACCUACAAACUUUCUAAGGGAUUUACAGAAGAAAAAAAUUAUGGAUUAAAAGCUGCAGAGGUGUCAUCACUCCCAUCAUCAAUUGUCAUGGAUGCCAAAGAAAUCACAAGUCAAAUAACCAGACAAAUUUUGCAAAGCCAAAGGAGUACCCCUGAGAUGGAAAGACAGAGAGCUGUGUACCAUCUAGCUACUAGGCUCAUUCAAACUGCUCGAAACUCUCAAUUGGAUCCAGACAGUUUACGAACAUAUUUAAGUAAUCUCAAAAAGAAGUAUGAAGCAGAUUUUCCCAGGGCUGAACAAGUUUCAGGAAACAGUGAAGAAUAAUAACAACUCACAUCUUAUACUAAUGAAAUAAUAUGUCUUAA